GCGUCAUUACUGCUGUGACUGAGAGCGAUGCCUUCGCGUAAAGACACGCGCCAUCCUCACAGUGUGUGCCCGCAGACCCCUCCCAGCGAGUCCAGUCGAUCACGGGCUGGCGGACGGGAGAGGCGCUCCCGCGUGAACAGCUCGGACACACCACGCGCCACUGGGCCAGACGUGCGAGUAUCGCUGACCUUGGUGCUGAAAAGUCCCGCAGCCGGAAAAAGCCACGAAAAGGAGCGCGGGGGAAAGGAUAAUCUCGUGACUAUAACAAUUAAGAAUUCAUUCAUUCAGUCUUGUCAGUUGUCAGGAUUUUGUUACUCUUGAUUCAACAAAGGAUAUUCAAUUUUCGAUUUGAUCAUGGUUGAACACCUUCCUAUUUUUAUGAAAAAAAUAAAAAUCCUUUCUUAACGUGAUAAGAAAUAUUUUAUUGCAACAAAUUGUUGAGUCACGAAGAUAUGGCAUUGCGUGCGCAUGCUGAUCGCCAGCGAAGCGGAGAGUGUGUGUUUGUGACCAGGCGCCAGCUAUCCACUCCUAGAUGUAGCUAGGCGUUUUCUCACACACACACCGCGAGCCACCCGUUCCAACGCUAUACCUUCGAGCCAACUCCGUUCCUCUUCAGUAGGAAACACCUCUGUACUCUCUCUGGUGUGUUCGGUCGCCACGCACCGUAACAUGACACUUUAACGUAGGACGAAGAAGCACCGUCGGAUUAUUCACAUUUGGACAUGGAGCCCGAGCCUGCGCCCGCGCCCGAAGCCCGGGGGUUCACCCCCAAUAAAGAGGGGUUCAAACAGCUUGCGGGGAAGACACUGGGGCAUAUGUACAGAGUGCUCGAGAGGCGACAGAAGCCCGGAGAGAACAUUGAGCUGACGGAAGAUGGCCGCCCGUCGGUGCCCGCUGAGAGGAAGGCCCCGUUGUGCGACUGCACGUGCUUCGGGCUCCCACGCCGCUACAUCAUCGCCAUCAUGAGCGGCCUCGGGUUCUGCAUCUCCUUCGGGAUCCGCUGCAACCUGGGCGUGGCUAUCGUCAGCAUGGUCAACAACAGCACAAUCCACCGGAAUGGCAAGAUUAUCGUCACAGAGAAAGCGAAAUUCAAUUGGGACCCCGAGACUGUCGGGAUGAUCCACGGAUCUUUCUUCUGGGGUUAUAUCGUCACACAGAUCCCGGGAGGCUACAUAUCCUCGAGACUGGCGGCAAACAGGGUCUUUGGUGCCGCCAUAUUUCUAACCUCCACGCUCAACAUGUUUAUUCCGUCGGCGGCGCGCAUGCACUACGGAUUAGUCAUCUUUGUGAGGAUACUGCAGGGCCUCGUAGAGGGUGUGACCUACCCAGCGUGUCAUGGGAUCUGGAGUAAGUGGGCCCCACCCCUGGAGAGGAGCCGAUUAGCCACUACGUCCUUCUGUGGGUCCUAUGCAGGAGCUGUCAUUGCCAUGCCUCUGGCUGGGAUCCUCGUGCAAUACUCUGGCUGGUCCUCUGUCUUUUAUCUUUACGGCUGUUUCGGUAUCUUCUGGUACAUGUUCUGGAUCCUGGUGUCGUAUGAGAGUCCUGCGGUGCACCCCACCAUCACAGAAGAGGAGCGCACCUACAUCGAGGAGAGCAUCGGGGAGAGCGCCAAGCUGCUGGGCCCUGCGGAGAAGUUUAAGACGCCCUGGCGUCGGUUCUUCACCUCCAUGCCCGUGUACGCCAUCAUCGUGGCCAACUUCUGCCGCAGCUGGACUUUCUACCUCUUGCUCAUCAGCCAGCCGGCCUACUUCGAGGAGGUGUUCGGCUUUGAGAUCAGCAAGGUUGGCAUGCUGUCUGCUCUCCCCCACCUGGUGAUGACCAUCAUCGUGCCCAUCGGGGGUCAGCUCGCUGACUACCUGCGUGCUAAUAACAUCAUGUCCACCACCAACGUCAGGAAGAUCAUGAACUGUGGAGGCUUUGGUAUGGAGGCCACUCUGCUGCUGGUGGUUGGCUACUCCCACAGUAAAGGCAUGGCCAUCUCCUUCCUAGUGAUGGCUGUGGGCUUCAGUGGCUUUGCCAUAUCAGGUUUUAAUGUCAAUCAUCUGGACAUUGCCCCUCGCUAUGCCAGCAUUCUGAUGGGCAUCUCCAAUGGGGUGGGCACUCUCUCUGGUAUGGUCUGCCCACUCAUCGUGGGGGCCAUGACCAAACACAAGACUCGAGAGGAGUGGCAGUACGUGUUCCUGAUCGCCUCCAUGGUGCACUACGGCGGCGUGAUCUUCUACGGGCUCUUUGCGUCGGGCGAGAAGCAGCCGUGGGCCGACCCCGAGGAGACCAGCGACGAGAAGUGCGGCUUCAUCGAUGAGGACGAGCUGGCCAGGAGAAGGCGAGGCGCAUCAUCUGGACUACAACACCCACGGGCCCCAUCAGGACCCGACCAAAUCAGGACCACCCGCGGAGUCAGCGGAGGGAUGGGCGGGGGCUGGGGACCGGGUCUGGAUCAGCAGGGAGGCUACUCCUAG